AGAGGAGAGGGACGUCGCUAUAAAACAAAAUUAAGCCUGCGCGGUGCCACUCUGCACUCCUGCGGGUCAACAUCACAGAUUUAAUUGCAGACGUGUAUGACUGAAGCGUCCUAAUCAGUUUUUUUUUUAUUUAUUUAUUUGAUGAAAUAAUACAAUUAAGAUGACGAUAUUUGAGAUGAGCAGUCAAGUUCUGGAGACCGCUGUGGAGAAGUUGAGUCUGACGUCACUGGUGCUCGCGACAUCAGUGUUCACACUCACUGUAGGAUAUCUGAGCAAAGUGAUGUUUAAACCCCAGAACACAGGAAACACAAAAUAUCCUCCUCAUAUUCCGUCCAGUGUUCCUUUCCUGGGUCAUGCCGUGGCCUUUGGCCGGAGUCCUAUAGAGUUUCUGGAGCAGGCCUAUGAGAAGUAUGGUCCAGUGGUCAGCUUUACCAUGGUUGGAAAAACCUUCACGUAUCUGCUGGGGAGCGACGCGGCGGCGUUGAUGUUCAACAGCAAGAAUGAAGAUCUGAACGCAGAGGAUGUGUACGCGCGUCUCACCACGCCUGUGUUUGGCAAGGGGGUCGCAUACGACGUGCCCAACCCUCUGUUUCUGGAGCAGAAGAAAAUGUUGAAGACAGGACUAAAUAUCGCUCAAUUCAAGAGACAUGUUGAAAUAAUAGAAGAAGAAACCAAAGAUUAUUUCCAGCGAUGGGGACACAGUGGAGAGCGAAAUCUGUUCGAGGCUCUAUCGGAGCUGAUCAUCCUGACGGCCAGCCGUUGUCUGCACGGCCGUGAGAUCCGCAGCAUGUUAAAUGAGAGAGUCGCGCAGCUGUACGCAGAUCUGGACGGUGGAUUCACGCAUGCGGCCUGGCUGCUGCCCGGAUGGCUGCCGCUCCCCAGCUUCAGACGGAGAGAUCAAGCGCACGUCGAGAUCAAAAAAAUAUUUUAUAAAGUCAUCACGAAGCGCAGAGAAGCUGAAGAGAAAGAAGAUGAUAUCCUGCAGACACUCAUAGACGCCAGAUACAAAGAUGGACGCUCUCUGACUGAUGAUGAGAUAGCAGGUAUGUUGAUCGGUCUGUUAUUGGCGGGACAGCACACAUCUUCUACCACCAGCGCGUGGAUGGGCUUCUUCCUCGCUCGUGACCGAGCUCUGCAGGAACGCUGUUACACUGAACAGAAAACUGUGUGUGGAGAAGAUCUCCCACCCCUCCACUAUGAUCAGCUGAAAGAUUUGAGUUUGUUGGACCGCUGUCUGAAGGAAACAUUGAGACUUCGACCUCCUAUAAUGACUAUGAUGAGAAUGGCCAAAACCCCACAGACUGUAGGUGACUACACCAUCCCUCCAGGACAUCAGGUGUGUGUGUCUCCAACAGUUAACCAUCGGCUUUAUGAUAGCUGGUCUGAACGUCUGGAGUUUAAUCCCGAGCGAUAUCUGAACGACAACCCUGCAGCCGGAGAGAAGUUUGCUUAUAUUCCUUUUGGUGCAGGACGUCAUCGCUGCAUCGGGGAGAAUUUCGCUUAUGUUCAGAUUAAAGUCAUCUGGUCAACUUUAUUAAGACUUUUUGACUUUGAGCUGGUGGAUGGACACUUCCCUCCUGUCAACUACACAACUAUGAUUCACACACCUGACAAUCCCAUCAUCAGAUACACUCGCAGAAACGCACAACAACGAUUUACAACUACUACACAACAUUAACGUCAUGUGUAUUAUUAAGCACCAAUGAAAACAGGCUGUGUAUCUUCAUUUCUUCUGACAGACUCUUUAUUGCUGUGUUUCUUUUUCGGCGUGUACCCAAAAAACAUCUUAAACUUAGAAACAAAACAUUUGAAAUGACACCAUGUAGUGCUUUAUUUUUCUGAGGUUUAAUUACACAGAAUUUGAUAAAUUAUAUAUUUUAUAAAACUGGAGCCAUCCCGCACCCCCCAGUUUUAGAAGCACUGGUUUAAUGACAGUUCUGUACUCUAAAAAAGGAUGUGUUCAAUUUUUACACAUUUUUAUGUGUUAUGCUAUUUAACACAUUAUGUGUCAUUAGUGUUAAUUUUUACAGAAAAAUCACAAAAAAAAAGAAUUUCACAUAUAAAAAAAACACAUGUGAUCACACGUGAAAUGUGUGUUUUUGAAAUAAUUUUGUGUGAAACCCAUAUGAUCACAUGCACACAAUGUGGUGACAAUUUUUUUAAAUGUGAUCACAUAUGGACAACAUGUCGCCCCAUCCACUGAUUUCACAGGGGAU